AUGACUGCGACUUUCAUCUUGGGUUUUACGGCCGCCGCCGUGGUCCUACAGAUCAUUCGCGUGCUGGUCAACUCCUGGCAGCAUGCGCGCAGAGCACGCAGUUUGGGCUGCGGUCCUGUGCCUCACUACCCGUCCUCCGAUCCUCUGGGUAUUGGAAACCUGAAGGACUCGCUGAAGGCCGACAAGGCCAAGGUCGUGCCCGAGCUUUCUGAGCAGCGAGUGCGCACCAUUAGUGGUCAGGAAAACCGCUAUGUGACUACCUUCAUCGUCCGCAACCUCGGUCGCGAUCUCCACUUUACCAUCGAUCCCAAGAACAUCCAAGCCGUGCUCGCGACGCAAUUCAAGGACUUCGAGCUUGGUGAAGUUCGUCGUCGGAGUGUGCAUCCUUUGCUGGGUACUGGAAUCUUCACUGCCGAUGGCGAGGAAUGGUCUCGGUCCCGCGGUUUGCUGCGGCCUCAAUUCACCCGUGAGCAGAUCAGCCAGCUGGAACUCGAGGAGGCUCACGUCCAGAAGGCCAUGCAGGCUCUGCCCGUUGCGGCCAACGGAUGGACCGCGGAGACUGAUAUUCAGUCCAUCUUCUUCCGACUGACCAUUGACAGCGCCACCGAGUUCCUCUUUGGUGAGAGUGUGGAAAGCCAGCUGGGUGCUCUGAAGGGCCUGCAGCGUAUCGAGGACUCAUUCGCCAGCUACUUCGACAAGUCCCAGUGGGUCUGUGCUCAGCGAUCUCGAUUCGAGAAGCUCGCCUUUAUCGUGAACAACAAGGAGACCCGCCACUCUGACCAGCAGGUCCACGAGUUUGUGGACAAAUUCGUCGCGAAGGCCCUGAAGACUGCCAAAAAGGAGAAAUUUGCUCCCGCCGACGCCGAAAAAUCCGGCCACUACGUUUUCCUGGAUGCCUUGGCCGAGGCUACUCGUGAUCCGAUCGAACUGCGUUCUCAGCUGCUGAACAUCCUCCUGGCCGGCCGAGACACCACCGCGUCCUUGCUCAGCUGGACUUUCCUCAUGCUCGCCCGUAACCCGGAAAUUUUCCGUAAGCUCCGUGAGGUCAUCAUCGAAACCUUCGGCACCUACUCCAACCCCCAGAACCUUACCUUCGCCGCCCUCAAGUCCUGCCAGUACCUGCAGUACGUCAUGAACGAGUCUCUCCGCCUGUACCCCGUCGUGCCUUUCAACCGCCGCCAAGCCACCCGCGACACCACCCUCCCUCGCGGCGGUGGCCCGGACGGCGAGUCCCCCGUCUACCUGAAGAAGGGCACCGCCGUCGUCUACAGUGUCCACGUCAUGCACCGCCGCAAGGACCUGUGGGGCGAGGAUGCCGAGGAGUUCAAGCCAGACCGCUGGGCCAACCGCAAGGCGGGCUGGGAGUACAUUCCUUUCAACGGUGGUCCUCGUAUUUGCAUUGGUCAGCAGUUCGCUCUUACCGAGGCUGGAUAUGUCAUCGUUCGUCUGCUUCAGCGUUUCGACCAGAUCGAGGACGUCUACCCGGAGCUCAAGCCGCGGUGGAACCUGACUCUAACGGCUUGUCCCGCGGACCUGGUUACCGUGCGCAUGCAUGAGGCGGCUGAUGCGUGA